UGAUCCCAGGUGCUGUGGACGGGACUGCCGUGCCCCAAUUUCCACCUGCUGGUGGCCUGUGGCAUUCUGGAUGCAGAGAGACAGGCACUCAUGAACUCUGGCUUUGGCUUCAAUGAGAUCCUGAAGCACAUCAAUGAGCUUACCAUGAAGAUGAGUGUGGAAGACAUCUUAUGCCGGGCUGAGGCGAUCUACAGGCAGCUGGCAGCUACUCCAGAUUUACCCCGUAAUGUCCAGGAAUUGCUGGGGCUCUCUGAGGGCAAAUCUCCAACUCCCAGCACUGACACAGCCAGCUCCCCGCAGCCGCUGUCACCCAGCCAGGCCCAGGAGAUGGAGCUGACGGACAGUGUUUCCCCAAGCCAGCCAGACAGCAGCAUCGAAAUCCUGCCUACUGAGGAGGCCUCCACCUCGCAGUCUCUCUCUCCUUGAAAACCUGUUGUUGCUGCUGCUGCUGCUGCUGCCACCAACACCAUCUUCUUAACACAAGCACUUUAACCAGAUAAGGGUGAGGGCUGGGAAGGGAGGCAGGGUAGAGGCUUUGAGAUGUGUCCCCCCCCCCUCCCUAGGAUUUAAUUACUCAAACAAACAUCAACCCUCUCUAAAGGCAAGUAGGGCUUGGGAACGGCUGUGUUCUUCCAGAGUUCCCCAGUGCUCAGUGUGCCUUUCCCACAAUGCACCGGGGCACGGCCACCUCUCUCAGAAUGUGGAAGGGCUCGUUUUUGAGGUCAGCUUCCUUCUUUCCCAGGAUGCGCGGAGACAGAAAGGAGCAAGUUGAAGGCACCCAUGCCUUUCUCUUCCACUUUGGGUUCUGAAGUGUUGCAGCUGAGUCUCCUAAAUUCUCCCUUCUGUUCCCGCUGCCUUUUUUCGUGACACACCUGUUUUGCUUCUUGAGGCUUGUUUACUAAGCAUCAGUCUGACGGCAACAUCUUUAUUAUUUUUGUUACUGUUUCCAGUUGCUAAUGAAACCUGCGCCUCAGCCCACAAAAGCUAGGAAACACAAGCUCUUUGGCAAAGAGAAUUGAGGGGGCAGCAGAUCAGAGCAACUGGAAAUGAGGAAUCCUUAACCAGAGGCUAGUUGGUGGAGGGAGGCUUGGUUCUCUCUGAGAAGAACAUGGAGUCAGUGGUUACGGCAGCGGAGGCUGCAAGGCAGAGCUCUUAGUUCCUUGGUCCUUUGCCAGGGAGUUCCUGUUGACGUAGCUCCUUGUGCUUCCCUCCCUUGGCUGGAAGAUUGGCUCCCUCCCUACUUGCCGCAUUCCUUUUUUUAGUGGGUUGCUUAUGAACUGACAACAGUAAGGAUACGAGGGGAAAGGAUCUCUGAUUUUGUUCUUCUGUGCCUCUCCAGCCUAGCGGGUUCGAUGCUUUGUCUGCAUAUGCCCCACUUCUGAUUAUUGAACUGCAUCCUCCUCAGCCCUUACCUUGGCUCCUUCGUUUCCUUUAUAACAUAACAUUAAAAAUGUAGUGUCACUCA